AUGACCGAAGAGUAUGAUGAAGCCCAAAUGGGCGAUGAUGACACCAUGGUUGCGCCUGGCGCGCCGACACCGCUGACGGCUCUGGAGGGCGUUUCUGGCUUAACAAAGCGUGACAUUCAACUCAUAGUUGAAGGUGGUUACAACACUGUUGAAUCUGUUGCAUACACUCCUCGCAGGAUGCUUGAGCAGAUCAAGGGUAUUUCAGAGCAAAAGGCUACCAAGAUUCUUCUAGAGGCCUCGAAAUUGGUACCUAUGGGGUUUACCACCGCUACAGAGAUGCACCAGAGGCGGAGCGAACUAAUUUCUAUCACAACUGGAUCUAAAAAUUUGGACACUCUCCUAGCCGGUGGUAUCGAGACCGGAUCGGUGACUGAACUAUUUGGAGAAUUUCGAACAGGCAAGAGUCAAAUCUGUCAUACUCUUGCAGUGACCUGUCAGCUCCCUUUCGACAUGGGGGGCGGAGAGGGCAAAUGCCUGUACAUUGAUACGGAGAGCACAUUCCGCCCAACGAGACUUCUGUCCGUUGCAAACAGAUUUGGACUAUCCGGCGAAGAAGUUUUGGACAAUGUUGCAUACGCCCGCGCAUAUAACUCGGACCAUCAGCUCCAGCUCCUAAAUCAGGCUGCGGCAAUGAUGUGCGAGACUCGGUUCGCCCUUCUCAUCGUCGACAGCGCUACCGCUCUCUAUCGUACGGACUUCUGCGGCCGUGGAGAAUUGUCCAACCGCCAGACACAUCUUGCAAAGUUCAUGAGGACUCUUCAACGCCUCGCUGAUGAAUUUGGCAUCGCCGUCGUUAUCACCAACCAGGUCGUGGCGCAGGUUGAUGGUGGCCCAAGUGCUAUGUUUAACCCCGACCCCAAGAAGCCUAUUGGUGGUAACAUUAUCGCCCACGCCAGUACCACCAGGAUCAGCUUGAAGAAGGGCCGUGGAGAAACCCGUAUCGCCAAGAUCUACGACAGCCCAUGUCUUCCCGAGGCUGAUACGCUCUUUGCCAUCAGUGAGAGUGGCAUCACGGAUCCAGAGCCUAAGGAUGUGGAUAAAGAUUAA